AUGAUAGAUCAAAAUCAAUCCGAUAAUGUAACCGCGCAAGCAACAGUCAAAAUGUGCUCCUGGGUGUCCGCUCUCAUCAUUCUCUUCGCCAUGGGAGGCGAAGGUCAGGAGCACGGCCCUGUCUUUUUAAUGGAGCCACCAUCACGACUGGUCUUCUCUAAUAGUACAGGAGCCAGAGUAUCUUGUGCAGCUCAUGGAUUCCCAACUCCUCAACUGGCUUGGCAGCAACCUGAUGGGACCCAGUUAGAUGAUGUGCCUGGUUUAAGGCAAGUGUUAGACAACGGCACGCUAGUGUUCCUCCCGUUUGCCUCGAUGCAGUACCGCCAAGACAUACACAGUACCGUGUACCGAUGUCGAGCUCACAACACCCACGGCGCUAUCGUGUCGAGAGACAUGCGGACGCAAGCUGUUGUAUGGCAGGACUGGCAAGUACAUGUAACAUCGACCCCAUCAGAGGUGGGCAGCCCGGCGCUCCUCACGUGUGCAGUCCCCGCCGCGGUGCGAGAGCACGCUUCCGUUGCGGCCUGGUAUAGGGAUGAAGCUGUGAUAUCCGCUAGCGAUCACUUUUCUGGCCCAACCUUACUAGUGGACGAGGGUUGGAAGUUGAUCGUGCGGGCAGUUCGCGUAGACGACUCACGAGCGCAAUACUCUUGCUCCGUCCUGGACUCGCUAACUGGAGAGCGUCGGAAAAGCUCCCCUAUUAGCAUCGAUGUAGCACCUAUGAGUGCCUCAUCUGCCCCCCGCACGGUGUUGCCCGGCACGUGGGAGGCGAGUGCGCGGCGCGGUGGAGACGCCGUGCUACCAUGUCUAGUACACGCUAACCCUCUGCCUACUAUCACG